GGACUCGCCAUGGCCGAAGCUUUCGCUGGCGUCUGGAACCUGAUGGACAGCUCCAAUUUCGAUGACUACAUGAAGGCCGUCGGUGUGGGCUUCGCCACAAGACAGAUCGCAAACCUGACCAAACCUACCACUAUUAUCGAAGUCGACGGUGACAAGAUAACUCUCAAGACCCAGAGCACUUUCAAGAACACCGAGAUCUCCUUCAAACUGGGAGAAGAAUUUGAUGAGACCACUGCAGACGACAGGCACGUCAAGUCCCUUGUGACAUUAGAUGGAGGAAAACUCAUCCAUGUGCAGAAAUGGGAUGGAAAAGAGACAUCGCUAGUCCGGGAACUGAAGGAUGGAAAACUAAUUUUGACUCUGACCAUGGGCAACGUAGUCUGCACUCGAACUUAUCACAAAGCGGAAUGAGGGCUUCCGCCUGCUU